AUGGAGUAUCAAAUCUCACGCAGUGAUUCUCGUUAUAACAUAUUUCCUGUCUAUUUAUUUGAUUGGUAUGCCGUUUCCAAAGUCGUCCGUUAUUUUCAUUUCAACGUAUCCAGUUCACCAAACUUUCAACUCUCCAUCAGGGACUAUUUGGGCCAAGUUCCAGAUGACCUCUUGUACAACAAUGGAAUGAACUUUGCUACGUAUGACAAGAACGACUACAAUGAUUGUGCAAAGAAGCUGAGAGCAGGAUGGUGGUACAAUGACUGCACGUACGCCCUACCGACAGGUGUUUACUAUCCGGGAGGAGACUACAGUCCUAAAGGAGGGUUCCAUGGUGGAAUGUUUUGGAAGGACUGGAGGGGAUAUGGAUAUUCCCUCAAAGCCAUUAGCAUGUUUCUAUCAACUUCUGUGUAA